AUGGUUAGCAGUACAUCAACAGCGAAUAUGGCGUUGACGGAUCGGUUCGAGAUUCUUAAAGAUAUAGGUGAUGGGAGUUUUGGGAGUGUUGUUCUCGCCAAGGUGCGGUCGGCAGGCUCCAAUGUUGCUAGACGAGGCAGUGUGGUUGCAAUCAAAACUAUGAAGAAGACUUUUGAAUCCUUCACACCGUGUUUGGAAUUGAGAGAGGUAAUCUUCUUGAAACAGCUUCCGGCACACGCUCAUAUAGUUCCCGCAUUGGAUAUCUUCUUGGACCCAUAUAGCAAAAGACUUCACAUUUGCAUGGAAUAUAUGGAUGGCAAUUUAUACCAGUUGAUGAAAGCUCGUGAGGGUAAAUUAUUGGAGGGGAGCGUUGUUAAGAGCAUAUUGUUUCAGAUUUUGUCAGGACUUGAGCAUAUCCAUGCACAUGGAUUUUUUCAUCGCGAUAUCAAACCUGAAAAUAUCCUCGUAUCAACUUCCGCACACAACCCUCACGAUUCAUCCGGCUCUUUCCGCCGUUACUCAACAUUGGUCACCCCGCCGUCAACACCACCAACCUAUACCGUGAAGAUUGCGGAUUUCGGACUCGCUCGUGAAACGUCAUCCAAAUUGCCUUACACAACAUAUGUCUCGACUAGAUGGUACCGAGCGCCGGAAGUGCUGUUGAGAGCUGGUGAGUAUAGUGCUCCAGUAGACAUAUGGGCAGUCGGUGCGAUGGCUGUGGAGGUUGCUACUCUGAAGCCUUUGUUUCCCGGUGGAAAUGAGGUUGAUCAGGUGUGGAGGGUAUGCGAGGUUAUGGGAUCUCCGGGGCAGUGGGUUGGGCGAAGUGGAAAGAAAAUGGGUGGAGGUGAAUGGAGGGAGGGUUCACGGCUAGCAGGUCGGCUAGGGUUCAGCUUUCCCAGGAUGGCACCGGUACCAAUGGAAUCCAUUCUUGCAGCCCCUACAUGGCCUGCAUCGUUAGCGGUAUUCGUUACUCAGUGUUUGAUGUGGGAUCCAAGGAAUCGGCCAACAUCGGGGCAAGCCCUUCAGCAUGAGUACUUCAAAGAUGCCGUCGACCCACUUCAACCGCGAUCGUCAACCCCAUCGCGCAUGCUGAGGAAACAAUCUGAGUUGGUGAUGAAGCAAUCAAGAGAUUCUAUGACCGAUUCACAGCCUACUCUGGAGAAGAAGUCUUCGUGGUUCCGCAAGUCCUUCAUUGGAAAUUCACGGGGCGACGGUAUUGUUUCCCCACCACCUACCACCGUAGAGAGGGACUACAAACCGCGGCCGGAGAAGAGGAGCACUUGGCAUGCGCCCAAAAUUUCGUCAGGGAACGGGAUUUCAAAUAACGCAGCGCCUAUGAUGAUUCUGCCAACCAUUCGCCCAGUGUCACCACUGAGCGAUGCGGUAUCUGUUGAGGCAGCAAGGGCGAGGCGAGAAAAUGAUUCCCCUUCAAUUGAGAGGGAACGGAGGAAAAUGGAAGAGAAGACGGUCAAGAAGUUGGGUCGUCAGUUAUCGGUGGCUUCGACGAAUUCUCAAAAUAAUGGUUAUUCUAAUCCCCAUAUAGCGAUGGCAGUAGAUAAGUUGAAUGGCAACUCUGGAAGUGGUAUGGUUAGCCCGACUUCUGCAGGGACUCAGAAGGAAGGAUUCUUUUCUCAUUUACGGAAACGAGCGAGGAGGCUGUCUGCAAAAAAUGGACUUCCUUCGAGUCCUGGCGAUGAGGACCUGGAGGCUGGAAUGGGUUGUGGGAUAGCGUGGGGUGGAGGAAGGGAAGGGGGAGAGAGUAACAGGAGUAGUAUGUUGGUGGAAAGUCCAAAUGGGGGGGAGAGUGGAGGAUUUGAUCGGGCGAUCAAGGAUGUAGAUGGUGUAUUGGAUGAUGCAAGUGGGUUGGUUUCCAAGAGCGGAUCGAUCCGACGGAACUCAAGUUUCCCUCCUACACCUAACGGAUCCCGUGCCGGAGAGCCUGCGCCCAACAACGGAGUUGUAACGGCGCCAAUUAGCUCCCGAACACGAAGAAGUAUUAGGAAUGCGAGGCAACGAUACGAAACGCCGGAUGAGAACGAUGAACUUGUCGAUGAGGUGAUGGCUGUAGCAUCAGGAAAAUAUCGACAGCCAAGCACCAAUGAAACGCCAAGCAGGAGAAGCUCAGCACGGGAUUUAAGGCAUCAAAAUGGAGUACAAGCUCCAGUGGGGUAUCCUACACCAAGCCCACAUGCGGGGAGCCGACAUUAUCCUUCCGCGAAAGCGAUUGACGUGAUUGGGCGAAGAAGACGAGAUGAGGAUGUUCAACAACCCAAGUGGCCGACACCCCCUAGUGAGGGAGACGGAUGGGGUUCAUUUUCGCCAUCGCUAUCGAGACGAUAG